AAUUCUGUAGAGUCGAUACGGAAGUAUUCGGUCCAAGGUGGAGAUGGAAACACAGUAGUGAGGGGGCGAGGGGGAAAGGGUUGGUGCACGUGACCACGCGUCAUUAUUGUCCUCCGCCUUAUCUCCGAACAUCUCCAUCCCUCCACUUCGUUUAUUCAUUGUGAGCAGAUAAGAACAAUAAUAUCUUACUUAUUUACUCGCUAUAUUGCACGGUACCCCCCCGAAAUCCGGUCUUAAUUCAACACCAUGGCCGCCGAAACGUUGACGACAAUAUCUCCAAUUACGAACAAGCCCAUCAUUACCCGUACCGGAGUAACCAAUGAUGAACUAUCGGCCAUCGUAGAUCGUUCCCAAAAAGCCUUCGAGAGCUUCCGGAAUACCAGUCUCGAACAUCGUCAGACCAUCGUGAAGAAAGCGCUAUCGUUGCUGAAUGACAAGCAAGAUGAGCUGGCGAAGGAGCUCACGGAGCAGAUGGGAAGACCAAUUGCAUAUACAGCCAAAGAAAUCACGACCGCUGUAGCACGUGCUCAAUAUCUGCUCAAGAUAUCUUCCGCUACUCUGACCGAUACGCCGGGUGAGCCAGAGCCCGGUUUCAAGAGAUUUAUCAGAAAGCUCCCGGUUGGCCCAGUGCUGGUCCUUUUCGCGUGGAACUAUCCGUAUCUAAUACUCAUCAAUUCGAUCAUUCCCGCUCUCCUCGCCGGAAAUACCGUCAUCCUGAAGCCAUCCCCCCAGACCCCGACGAUCGUCGAGCACAUCCAACAGGUCUUUUCCGAAGUGGGUUUGGACAAGGAUGUGAUUCAAUAUUUCCACAGUGGGAACUUCCACCAGAUCGAAGAAGUUAUACAGAACCCUAAGAUGCAGCUGGUGUGCUUCACCGGCUCCGUUGCUGGUGGGCUCGCGGUCCAAAAAGCCGCCAGUGAUCGCAUCGAUGUCCGGGUUGGCCUGGAACUCGGCGGUAAAGAUCCAGCAUACAUUCGUGACGACGUGGAUGUCAAGUGGGCCGCGGAGGAGAUCGUUGAUGGUUCGGUAUUUAAUUCUGGCCAGAGUUGCUGCAGUAUCGAGCGGGUCUACGUUCAUGAGAGCGUUCACGAUGCUUUCGUUGCGGCGGUCGUCGAGGUUCUCAAUGGAUACAAGCUUGGAGAUCCCUUUGACCAGUCCACGAACGUGGGACCGGUGAUCUCCCAGAAGUCGGCGUCGGCGAUUAAGGCACAUAUCAAGAAUGCCAUGGAUAAGGGCGCAAAGGACAUGACUCCCUAUCAUCCUAACUUCGCUCUUCCCAACGAGGGUAACUUUGUUGUUCCGACUCUUCUGACGGGGGUGAGCCAUGAGAUGGACGUCAUGACCGAAGAGACGUUCGGUCCAGUCAUCCCGGUUAUGCGCGUAUCCGGCGACGAAGAGGCUGUACGACUUAUGAAUGACAGCAAGUACGGACUUACUGCUAGCAUAUGGACUAAAGACGGUGUCGCUGCAGCGAAACUGUGCGAUCGAGUAGACGCGGGUACGGUCUACGUCAACCGCUGCGAUUUCCCUAGCCCGGAUCUCGCUUGGACGGGGUGGAAGCACUCUGGGAAGGGGCAGACGCUAAGCAAGUUCGGGUACGAUCAGUUUGUGAAGCUGAAGAGCUACCACAUCAAAGACUACCCGUUGUGAGCGACAUUGGGUCAUACCGUGUACGCGUCGAUGCGACGAGAUGCAAGGACGAGGUUUUGCUUAUUCGGUCACACGGUGCACUGGUGAUCGUUGUCCUCGUACCUUCGUAGGGCAGUCUCACCACCGUUGGAAUGGAUCGCUGUGUAAGUGUAACACGGACUCGCUGCCAAACGAUCUGCGUGUAUCCGGGCAACACAUCUUCAACGACGAUAUCACUCUCUAGCGGUAAGUAGCAGAAUCAUGGAAUCGCAGAACCAUGGCAUCA